UCAUAAUUACUUUUAAACUAGUAAGUUUUUUACGUUUGCUGAAACUGCCUUAAGUAGGUAUUUCCUAAGUAAUGGUUGUAAAACUGUGUGGUAGCGCUUUUAUUGUGAAAUGAAAUCGGAAGUAUUGCUGUAUUAGCUUGUGCAGCUAGCAAUGGAGCGGUCUGGAGAAGCAUCGUGGAGGCCGCCCCGGGCUUGUGAUGACUAUUGGAGUGAAUUCAGACAUUGCAAAAGCUUGAGGAAUUGUUUUCACCACUAUUACACGUAUGGUACCUCCCCAUCUUGCAAGCAGUGGAAAGAGGAUUACCAUAACUGCAAAGAGUGGGAGAAACACAGAGGUGCAGAAGCAAAGGACGCCUUGCAGAAAAGUGAGAGGAACAGGGUGGCAGAGCAGAGAAACUUCACCCCAGUAUGGGAACUAAGGCGAGACCCUCCCAGAGACUGGCACAUGCCCUUGAAUCAGGAAAAGCCUCAGGACUCCUGAACUGUCACUAUCAAUCGGCUGUCUGUUCCAUGGUGGCCAAAGUAAAAUGAUGAUUUGAGACUUUAACAAAAUCAUAGAGAGACACUCGCUGGAGUGACAGGCCAUCACUCAUUGUCAUCUCAAAUUGUAUUUAGUGAGCUUCUGUUUCAAAACAGUGUUAGUGGCCGCCUCUAGUGGUCAAUGAUGAGUAUGACAGCAUCUAUAUAACCAGAGAGAUACAGUUGGAUCUGCAAAGGCAGUGUUGUUUUUCCCAUCAUAAAUUAUUGGUUCUCCAAAGCUUGUAUAAACAAAGGCACAAAUGCUGACUGCACAUACAGACUCAUUGUGAAUGAGUUUUGAGAUUAAAUGCCUUGUUUUUUUGUUUAGUGUAGAAAAGGUUUUUUGGGUUAAAAUAUGCAAAGGAAACAUUUCAUGUAUUCCAUCUAAGUAAUGAAUGACCUGUCGUGCGUUGUUUUGAUAAGGUUAACAUU